UACCAUACCAAUGCAAUGAUGCGGGGGUGAUCGGUACCGAGUCGGGCCACUGUCUCACCUUCCUCAUAUCUUGACGUGUCGCCAAUAUUGCUGCUGCCAAGUCAGAGCUUCACUGCGAUGCCGCUCAAGAAGGGCAAGCCGCCCAAGGGUAAAGGCAGACACAAGCCAUCAAAGCCAAAGAAACCAGAGCCGGUCAAGCUCUCCUCGUCUGGCAGACCGAUCAAGAAGCCUCGAUGGGGGAGCAGCUCUGACGAUGGUGGAUACAGCUCCGGCUCUUCCAUCUCAGGAGGAUCCCUCCAUGGCUCUGACUCGGAGGCGAGCUUGGGCUCAUGGGAUACCACUGAUCAGGUCAGUGCAUUUGCGCAACCCGUAUACCAAGCUGGACAGGAGUUCGAGAUUGAUGCGGUCCUCAGAUGGCGGAGACACCCGAGGAAAGGAUACCUCCAGUACCGGACGGCAUGGACCAAUUUCCCUAUCUAUGAUACCACCUGGGAGCCAGAACAGAUGUUCGAUGACCGCAAGAUCAUCAGUCGCUUUUGGAAGAGGCAAGGUGGACGUCCAGAUGAUGUUCCACCUCCCCCUCCGAGCGACGAUGAAGGUCCCGUACUCGAUCCGGGAGAGGAGACAGAAUCCCUCAAGCUCAACAAGGGCGCCAUUGGCAGACAAGCUCGAAAGAAGCUCAGAAGAGAAUACCGGAGAGACAAGGUGCAGCUCAGAAGGCAUUGGCAGACUGUCGGUACCAAGGGCGCUGGCGCAGAAUCGGAUUCAGAGAGCUCAAGCGAUCUGUCGUCUGCCUCUUCAAUGAUUCCGAGGAGAAAGACGCGCUUGGCUAUAUCGGAUGAUGAAGACGACGUCCCGAAGAUCAAAAGGGCCAAUGCCCUUCCGAGAGCUGAGAGUAAAGCACGGGUACCGGCAGCUAGCAGCGACAUAGAGGACGACGAAGACGCACACCAGGUCAACAGCACUCUCUUUGUGACACCGUCCAGGAAUACCCAGAACGCGGCUAUAGCUGGCCGGGCGUCCACAGCUCAGAAAGGCAAACGCCCUGCUCCGUCUUCCUCGACACUGACGAGUGACAGUGGCAGUAGCGACAGCGACAGCGACGCUGUCACGGCGGGUCCCUCAUGUUUGGCUGAACUGCAAUCAGUGACUGCGCAAUCAUCAAAUCUGUCAUCGGCACUGCAAGCCGGGACUUCUGCGGUGUCUCAAUCCGUCGGUGCAACGCCUCCACAGAAGCCGCCAUUAGCUACUCCAGCUACAUCUUCCUCUUCCUCCGCAGCAGUAGCAGCAGCAAGGAAGAAGGACAGGCCGUUAGCAGCUGCCUCGCUGCAACGUGUGAAGAAUCAGAUCAAGUCCAAGCCGAGCCUAGGGCAAGAUAAAGCCUCUACUACCGUCCGCGGCCCCCCGACGCCAAUUAGGCCUACGGCAGACCAGACCAGCGGUAGUACAAGCGCCACUGAGGCAGCUACUGCAACGAGAGCAAGUGUGGAAUUGACUGCGAGCAAAGCACCCGAAAUUCCACUCGCAACGAACAAGGAUACCACUGCUGCAUCAAUCGGACCUACGACACAUCUCAAAGCGCCACCGACCACCUCAAGUGGCAGUCUGCUGGAUCUCAUUGCCGGUCCCGUCAACGCACGAUCUGCAAGCGCACAAACUCCCUCCGCUGGACCAGCGAAGAGCUCAGGUGCCUCUGGAGCAACGCCAACAGAUGCAGCCGUGACAAAGGGCUCGUUUCGAGGAGCGCACAAGAACCUCAGCAGAAUCGGGCUGCUGCCUGAUGCCCCGCCACCUGUGCUGGCUAAGCGGGGGCAAGCUGCGCUCCGGGGCAGGGGAGGCAUAAACGCAACUCCUGCGAGGGCGGACGGAUUCGUUCCACCAUCGCCCGCUGUGGCUGCUGCGAAGGCUGUAGCCCCGAGUGUUGCGACUGCAGAUAAAGAUGUAGCGACUGGAGUUAGCGGCGUGGCUGCAGCUGCUCCCAGCAUCGGCCAGACGGCUCCCUCGGUCGCAGACACAAGUGCCCUUCCUCAAAGCGCUACUGGAGCCUCGGCUGCCCCAAGCAUUGAACAGGGUGUUUCGACGGCUGCAAAUGCACCUGUCUCUUUUGCUGACGAGGCUGAGGACUUUGCAGACUUGUCGGUCGCCCCUCAAGCGCCACCGAACAAAGAUUGUACUGCAGGAAACAGAGGAGACGCAUCACCUGCCAGGCCAAGCGCUUUGCCCAAAACGCCUACCGGUCCCCGCGCAGAUUCGGGUGCGGAGGGGAGCAAAUCGAGCUCGGCGAGGGCCACCGGAUCCAAUGCUGCUCCACUCGGGCAACCGGUACCGAGCCCGACCUGGCGCAAUCGGACGUCUCAGUUUGGACAACCUCCACCGUGGCAGCGCGAUUCGUGGUUGGAGCGACCAAAGUGGUGGGGCCAGAGUCACUACGCGAGUACGUGGUACGCUGCCCUUCAGCAGAGGUGGGAUCGCCAAUCGCGCCGCUCGCCCCCUGUGCAAGGGAGUGGGGGCCGGCACUGGGAGAUGCGACAGCGCGAAGCAGCACCCCACGAGCCCAAUGACUCUCCACCGGCUCAACCCCCACCGCCACCUUCCUCUGCCUCCUCCCCUUCUGCUUCUGCUCCUGCUACGCAAUCACGCCCAUCUCAAGUGCAAGAUCCACGGAAGGCGAAGCUCAUCGCUUCCAAUUCAAGCGCCGGGCAUGAGCCAGGUGGCGGCGGCAACACAAGUCCCAGGUCGCCUCGGACUUUUACAGAGCGAAACGGCAGUGCCAGCGGGACUGCCUCGCCGCAGCAGCCGGCUCCGUCCGGCGCAGUGAACAGUGUUGGGGCAGGUGGCACUGCAUCUGAUGAUGCUCAUGGGAGGGAGGAAACCCGGCCUCGUGCACCACAAUGGAUGGAGACGUGGGCGAAAAAGAGCGGCGCGGAAUUGGUCCCUCCGGCUCCUUUGCGUCCGCCGUCCAGACCUCCUUGGGAGGAUCAGACGCGGAGAGCUUAUGCUAGACUUCCUUGGUAAGGGCAGGAGGAGGAAGAGAAAAGAGUAGAAGCAAUCCGCAUUCUGAGUGUGUGUGUGAGAGAGAGAGAGGACAAAGGCGUGUACAUUGUAAUACUAUUUCUCAUUGAUACCUUUUCGGAC